AUGAUUGUUCGAAUUCUGCUUCGGCUAGUCAGCACUCGCUGGACAAGCGUAAUUCGCGACCAGGAAGGCUACAUGCUCCCCGGUCUUAAGCCCCAAUAUACGCUAUCCGGCGGGACCGACGAAAGACUUCUCGAAAAGGAGUCAUUUGGCGAGUAUCUGAAGCAGACACUCGGGAUGCUUAGAAUGGGGCUGCAGAUUUUCCGGUCACUGAGUACUAAAAGCAAAGCCUUUUCUCUGGCUCAAGACGAGCUUUUGGCCGACUAUGAGUACCUGGCAAACAAGGUUUCACUGCAAAUUAAACAGAACACAAUGAGUAUACCGGUGAUCACAGCAAUGAUUGGAAUAGAGGAGAGUAGAAAAGCAAUUCAGCAAGCCCAGGACGUGAAAGCGUUAACCACUCUAGCAACUGUCUAUAUUCCACUCUCAUUUGUUGCCGGUAUAUUUGGCAUGAACGUUACACAAUUGAACCCUAAUCCCCUUGUCAACAUCCCACUCUGGCUUUAUUUCGCGACGGCACUUCCUAUCACUGCAGUAUCAAUGCUCCUUGUCUGGCACUGGGGCUGGCUGAAAGAUGGUACUGUAUUCAUCGGGCGUAAAUUGUAUCUUCUUGUUAGAAUACUGUCACGGAAGGAUAAGACAAGCUCAACGGCUGAUGCUUUGAUACAUGCUGGGACUGUUGGUAUGGCGGCUGGAGCUUCGGAUGCAUUCAUACCUCAGGAAGUUACCGGCCGAGAAGAAGUGUAG